AUGGCGGAUCCAGAGAAUCAAGGCACUAACCCGGAAAAGGCUCCAGGGAAGCAAAGUAGUGGUGGUGGUGGACAGAUUGGUUUUACCAUGGAGUACGUAACUUCAAUCCCUGGAAUAAUCAAAAUUGUUGAAUUUGUAAGUUCCCCUAUACCAAGAGAAAUUCCCCGUAAUAGCGCUUAUUUGCGAGUUAACUCAGCUAAGCGUGAGUUUAACUGAGUACAAAUUAGUUUAACUAUCUGUCUAGUGGAACAGUGUUAAAAUAAGAUCAAAUACACCUCACUAACGUUGUCAAACAAAAAAAGCAAAUAAACAAAGCAAAAAGAAAAAAAGAAGAAGAAAAAGAGAGACUGAAAGGAAAGAAAAGAAGAAGAAAAAUAGAAAUGAUUUCGCCAUGUGAGCUGCAAGCAAAAAGUGCUCCCUUUUAAGGCAACCUAUCUAGCCCUUGACUGUUUAAACCGUUUGAGCUAUAAAAACGUUGCAGGAAAACAGAAUUUGGUCUCGCAACAAUCGCAAGUUUGUUGGAUUUCUUUUUCUUUUAUUUUACCUUUUUUAAACAAACACAACUCCUGCCUCUCUUUCACUCGAUCUAAAGACACAAAUGUAAAAUCUGCUAUCGUUUUAGAUAAGUCGUUACCAGCACCCUCACCAUAUUUGUAUUUCUUGAACUAUCUCUCGACGUAGUUUAUUUUUUGUUCUUAUCCUUUUAGUUCUUGUUGAUGAUAGCGUUUGCCUUGGCUGCCGACUCUAAAGGUUCAUCUUCCUGGGGGCGGAUGGACUUUUUUCUCUUUGUCACCGUCACCUCCUGGCUGUUGGUUAUCGCCAUAUUUGUUCUAUUUGCCUUCAACGUGAUUUCGGUGAUCAAUGUCAAUAUUGACUGGAACUUGCCGGUAAGUCUCAUAUUAUGAAAAAAAUUACAUCGUUGAAUACGGUGAUAACCCAUCUCUUAGCCCUUUGUUUGGUGUUGUCAUCUUAGUCAACUUUCCCAUCAAUAGCAAACACCACCUGCCCACGGCACUUAGGACGGUUACAUUAUACAAAAAGUAUGUUUCUGUAGCGACAUUUUGAGUCAUCCUCUGCAAUUUUUAAAUUUGUCACAAGAUCCUCCAUUGGCGCCAAAAGCUUUAAAGACUCAGUUUUCUCAUUAAAUAUUAGAAAUACGCAACAAGUUAUAUUGCUCGAAAUUACCAAAUUGUUAAGGCCAUUUACUGGAGGAAAUGCUCGUAAAAAGUGCAGGCGUUCAGAUAGUGGAGUGGUCAGAGAGCGAGGGAAAUAAANUAAAGGUUCAUCUUCCUGGGGGCGGAUGGACUUUUUUCUCUUUGUCACCGUCACCUCCUGGCUGUUGGUUAUCGCCAUAUUUGUUCUAUUUGCCUUCAACGUGAUUUCGGUGAUCAAUGUCAAUAUUGACUGGAACUUGCCGGUAAGUCUCAUAUUAUGAAAAAAAUUACAUCGUUGAAUACGGUGAUAACCCAUCUCUUAGCCCUUUGUUUGGUGUUGUCAUCUUAGUCAACUUUCCCAUCAAUAGCAAACACCACCUGCCCACGGCACUUAGGACGGUUACAUUAUACAAAAAGUAUGUUUCUGUAGCGACAUUUUGAGUCAUCCUCUGCAAUUUUUAAAUUUGUCACAAGAUCCUCCAUUGGCGCCAAAAGCUUUAAAGACUCAGUUUUCUCAUUAAAUAUUAGAAAUACGCAACAAGUUAUAUUGCUCGAAAUUACCAAAUUGUUAAGGCCAUUUACUGGAGGAAAUGCUCGUAAAAAGUGCAGGCGUUCAGAUAGUGGAGUGGUCAGAGAGCGAGGGAAAUAAAAAGGAAGGAAAGACGCCACCCCCUCUCUGUUUUUCCUGUUCAAAUCUUUUUGCGCCGUUCCCACAAUCUGAACGCCUGCAACAGGCUGGUAAACAGAAGUAGCAUGCCACUGCUUUAUGCGCAUGCCGAAACUCAGGAAAGCAUAUUUUUUCGCUAGGAAUAAAAGGCAGCGUACUGUUCCUUGAUGUUUUUGGUACACAUUUUUCCAUUUAUGGUUACCUACAAUUACUGUAGUUCAUGUAGAAACCAAGACACAGCUCGUUAAACGCUGUAACAUUCUUGAAAUUGCAUUGCAGGUUAUUAUCUUCUCUGCUGUUGUGGCAGUGCUUCUUUUGAUCAGUUCAUCUCUGAUAGCUGAUGAUGCCAGGAAAUUGAACGACGGUUUACGCCCAUAUGGUCUUUCAGCAGAUAAGCUGAGUGCAGCAGCGGUAUGUAGGAAAAUCAAACUACAGUGAAACUCCUUACUGACACUUCUAUUCAGGGGACACAAAAUUUGGUCCCGGUAUAAAAUGUUCACAUCAUAAUCUUGUUGGAAUUCAACACACUGCGUCGCCGGGAUAAUUUGAUCGUGAUGUUUUAUACAUUAUCUAGCUGUUUGAAAUAAUGACUCAGCAGAUUCUAUUGCAGAAUAGAAGAAAAAUAUUUUAUUUGUUGGUUAAUAAUUACCAAAUCCCAGUCCAACCUGAUUCAAAGGACACCUAUAUUCAGGGCACACUUACCUUGGUCCCGAGGGUGUCCCCUGAAUAUAAAGGUUCCACUGCUAAUGUUGACAUGUAAGCUGGCUUUACGCAAAAGGGAAUGGGAGGAUGCAAAACACUGCCAACCUUAAAUUUUGUUACCUUGAACGUUAAAAGCGAUACCGAAACAUGCAAACUUGGGGUUAAGGUAUUCACCAACCUCCGCCUCUCCAACGUCAUAAUGCCGUCAAAUAAUGCCAUUGAGUCAAUCACGUUAUGCCAAGAUGAUAGAUAUGAUGAGAACACGAUGGGCUUCCUGUGAGUGCAUUAUUCUAUGCAAUUGUGGUGGUAGUAUCAUUUGUGAGCGGUUUUGAAGUUAUACAAAGAAAAGAAGGAAGCAGAAAAACGUCUGCUCUGAAUAGGAUUAGCAACAAGCUGAAGUGUUACUAAUUCACUUUAAAAUAUCAUUUUAAGGCCAAGGUGGUCAUUUUGGCUAGAAAAUAUAUAUAAAGUUUGAUAGCACUGAAAUUCUUCAAACUUUUAAUUCUGAACACUUUGAGCGGAACGCCAUGCAAAGCUGAGCGUACUUAAGCUAUAGGGGGUUGAGUCCGACUACUAGGCUCCAAGAAUUUUUCGAUGCAAGGGAUCAAAACGAUAAAAAAAAAAUUACAUAUACUGAAUUAAGGUCGCAACCACCAACUCUUGAGUUAAACGUUUAUGCUACACUACGGGUAAUUGCUGAAGUAAUUUUUGGCAUUCCAAGGGUUCAGCUAGUUUCUUAAAAAAUAAAGCCUUCCUUAAUUUUCCAGACUCCAAUAUUGUAGGGGCCUCUGUCAGUUCCUAUGGAGAAUGUUCGUACAGACACAUCAGUUCGAAAUUUUCUGUCUUAGACUAUAUUUCUAAUGUCUUAUUUUUCUCUCCUCUAAGGCCUUUGGAUUCUUCUCCAUGGUUGCAUUCAUCAUUGAUGCUGGUAUUCACUUCAUGAAAAUGCAAGGAAGGAUGUGAUCAAAUGUCACUCAACUGUGGCUCCUAAAAUUGUUUGGUCAGCUGUUAUGACAUAUUUGUUCCUAUUUAGGUAUUUUUAGUUCCUGUGGUAAAUGUAUGAAAGGAGAACAGGUUUAGUUAAGAAAGAACAAUAAUAUAGUGUCGGGAUUGUAUUUAACUUCAGUGAUCGAUCGGACUAGUGCCAGUGUUUUGCCUGUGGUAUGGGCUAGACGAAAGCGAGAAGCGAAAAGUUUAUUUUAAUUUUCACUGACCGCGAGUUAAGUGAACAUGUAACAGUGAUGUAACGAGGCACCCACUGCUUACAUUCAAAUAAGGUUUGCUCGUGUGAAUUGUUUUCGAGCGUCGUCAAAUGUUCAGCAAGUGGCACAAGUUAACUGAAGUUAAGUCGGCGGUCAAAUGCAGUAUUUGGCUGUCUUUGCAAUUGUCGGACCGGCCUCUCUAAAACCGCCGACGACCGUUUUAGCGCCAGUCCCAGCCAGCUGUGUCCCAGCUGUUUGGGUCUGAAAAGUAGGAGUCAUAACACCGCGUACCAAUAGACCUUUUUACCUUGUAUAUUUUGCAUUUCAAAUUAAGACCACGUGAUGCUCUCCUGGGAAUUUGCCUUUUGUCUUUUCAUAAAUUAUGUCUACAUACAUGUUCAAGUGGAUGCACGUGUAUAUGACGGCAUUUGAAAGAAACAGUUCUCUGGGGUAACAGAGAGCAAAAUAUACAGCAAGCUUUAAAGGUCUAUUGCGGAACCGGCGUGAUUAAAGAACUCCUAUUUUUUUCUUUUGUGAACUCUUCCAUUUUAACAAAUAAAAAAGUCAAACGGAUCUACAUUUAAUGAAAAAAAAAGAAUUCUUGCUACUGGUCGCGAACCUUUCAAUUGAAAAAUUGUGAUAUUUGUCAGAAUGUGCUCGAAAACUCAUCAUAAUCGGCACCCCACUCGCAAAACAAAUUGUACUGAGUGAAAACCAUGGCAUGGCGCAAGCCUCGUUAAGACGUAACUUCGUUCCCAGGGUCCUCUCGCGUCACGAACGAGUUGGACACAAUAUAUCUUGGGAACGAGGUUGGUCAAACCAUUCGAUUUAUUUAUUUUUUGUCACAAGCAACUUGUACUGCCAUUUUCUUAAUCCACUAUACUCAUCACAGGCUUUCUAUCGCUAAGAACAUUACACGUUGGCUCGAAGAUAUGAAUUUUAUGUUCUCGUGGCAAGAACAAUAUCUCACUCGUUCGCUUCGCUCACUCGUGAGAUAUUGUUCUUGCCACUCGAACAUAAAAUUCAUAUCUUCUCCCCACCGUGUAAUAUCCUCUAUAUCUUCCGGUCACUGACAUGUGAAAAUAUCACCGUUGUUAUAUGGCUUCAUAAAAAACCGCACCUUUCAGACCAAAAAACUAUUUAAGUAAAAUGGUUGGUAUUUCAUUAGUGUUUAUAUAAAAAAAAUAGAACAAUUACAUGGUCGCUUGGAGAUGAGAAAUUUCUCUUCUCGUGUUGAAAGCGCAGCGAACGAGUGAAAUAUUUUUUCAACACGAGCAGAGAAAUUUCGUAUCUCCGUGCGGCCAUUUAAUAUCCUCUAUUGAAGGGACGUACACCUCUAUUCAGGGGAAAGGGACACUUUUUCUGGGUUUAACCUUCAUUUAGGGGAACCCUUAGCACUCAAAAAGCCUUUCUUAAUUUUCCAGACUCCAAUAUUGUAGGGGCCUCUGUCAGUUCCUGUGGAGAAUAACUCAAUGUUCGUACAGACACAUCAGUUCGAAAUUUUCUGUCUUAGACUAUAUUUCUAAUAUGUCUUAUUUUUCUCUCCUCUAAGGCCUUUGGAUUCUUCUCCAUGGUUGCAUUUAUCAUUGAUGCUGGUAUUCACUUCAUGAAAAUGCAAGGAAGGAUGUGAUCAAAUGUUACUCAUUCCAACUGUGGCCCCUAAAAUUGUUUGGUCAACUGUUAUGACAUAUUUGUUCCUAUUUAGGUAUUUUUUAGUUCCUGUGGUAAAUAUAUGAUGAAAGGAGAACAGGUUUAGUUUAGAAAGAACAAUAAUAUAGUGUCGGGAUUGUAUUUAACUUCAGUGAUCGAUAGGACGAGUACCACUGUGUUUUGUUGCCUGUGGCAUGGUCCUAGACGAAAGGGAGAAGCGAAAAGUUUAUUUUAAUUUUCAUACCGCGAGUUAAGUGAACAUGUAACAGUGAUGUAACGAGGCACCCACUGGUUACAUUCAAAUAAGGUUUGCUCGUGUGAAUUGUUUUCGAGCGUUGUCAAACGUUCAGCAAAUGCAAGUGGCACAAGUUAACUGAAGUUAAGUCGGCGGUCAAAUGCAGUAUUUGGCUCUCUUUGCAAUUGUCGGACCGGCCUCUCUAAAACCGCAGAUGACCGUUUUAGCGCCAGUCCCCGCCAGCUGUGUCCGUUUCACUUGAUUGUUUGGGUCUGAAAAGUAGGAGUCAUAACAUCGCUUACCAAUAGACCUUUUUAGCUUGUAUAUUUUGCAUUUCAAAUUAAGACCACGUGAUGCUCUCCUGGGAAUUUGCUUUUUGUCUUUUCAUAAAUUAUGUCUACAUACAUGUUCAAGUGGAUGCACGUGUAUAUGACGGCAUUUGAAAGAAACAGUUCUCUGGGGUAAUAGAGAGCAACAUAUACAGCAAGCUUUAAAGGUCUAUUGCGGAACCGGCGUGAUUAAAGGACUCCUAUUUUUUUCUUUUGUGAACUUUUCCAUUUUAACAAAUAAAAAUGUCAAACGGAUCCACAUUUAAUGAAAAAAAAAGAAUUCUUGCUACUGGUCGCGAACCUUUCAAUUGAAAAAUUGUGAUGUUUGUCAGAAUGUGCUCGAGAACUCAUCAUAAUCGGCACACCCACUCGCAAAACAAAUUGUACUGAGUGAAAACCAUGGCAUGGCGCAAGCCUCGUUAAGACGUAACUUCGUUCCCAGGGUCCUCUCGGGUAACGAACGAGUUGGACACAAUAUAUCUUGGGAACGAGGUUGGUCAAACCAUUCGAUUUAUUUAUUUUUUGUCACAAGCAACUUGUACUGCCAUUUUCUUAAUCCACUAUACUCAUCACAGGCUUUCUAUCGCNUGAACUCUUCCAUUUUAACAAAUAAAAAAGUCAAACGGAUCUACAUUUAAUGAAAAAAAAAGAAUUCUUGCUACUGGUCGCGAACCUUUCAAUUGAAAAAUUGUGAUAUUUGUCAGAAUGUGCUCGAAAACUCAUCAUAAUCGGCACCCCACUCGCAAAACAAAUUGUACUGAGUGAAAACCAUGGCAUGGCGCAAGCCUCGUUAAGACGUAACUUCGUUCCCAGGGUCCUCUCGCGUCACGAACGAGUUGGACACAAUAUAUCUUGGGAACGAGGUUGGUCAAACCAUUCGAUUUAUUUAUUUUUUGUCACAAGCAACUUGUACUGCCAUUUUCUUAAUCCACUAUACUCAUCACAGGCUUUCUAUCGCACACCUAAAUAACGUGUAAAUGAACAAAGACACUCUAAAAUGGUUUAACUCCUAGUUUGUAUAAUUGUCAAUGCGUAGAAUAAUAACAGACAACGAAACUGAUGUAGUUACUAACUGAUGCAUAAUAAAGUGUACCUUGCUAGAAAAGGAACUGGCCAAGUCAUGUUAUUUUGAAUCGAUUUGUAACUAUAUGCUUGUGCGUUUUUUUUAUAAGAGUGGCUUGCGGUGUGAAAAUUAUGCACUAGACGAUGCCGUAGUUGUUCGAUGUCAGAUUCAAGUCUUCCUAAGGGAUGUUAAUGGCAACUCGAUCGACUGCUCAGAAAACUAAAAUAAUCCCAGUGUUUUCCAACCAACAAAAUGACUUUCCAGACAUUGCAAAACCUUUCGUGUAAUUCUUACUUAGCCUUAUCUUUUUACUGAACGACUUUUCACCACCAUCUCGGACCCUGGAACAGGCUAGAAAAAUCGCGGCUGAAUUCCGGAUUCUUGGUUUUCCAGAUUACCCUGAAAUAUAACUAAAUAGUAAAAGUUUAUACCCUGUUUAAGUCUCAGGACUUACCUUGGGUAAAUAAGGGGAUGACAGCACCUCCCCCCCCCAAUCCU